AUUGAAAGCUCGGACAGCAUAAUUGAGAUGUCCGUCCUGCCACCUCAAUGGGUUGACAUUGUAGAUCAGGUCGAUGAUGCUCUCGAUCACAUUAAAGAGAAAAUCACUAGACUCGAGGGAAUGCACCGUAAGCAUUUACUUCCUGGGUUUGACGAUCGGUCAUCAGAUGAAGAGGCUAUUGAAAGAUUGACGUCUGAUAUUACAGAUGAAUUUUAUCGUAUCAAACGUGACAUUCAACGUAUCCACAGUGAGGGAUAUGAUGUGAGCGAUGGCCAACAGGACUAUUUAUUAGCCAAAAAUAUUCAGACAAGCUUGGCGACAAAAGUUCAAGAAGUAUCUUCCUCUUUUAGGAAGCAGCAGUCUACUUAUUUACAAAAAAUCCAGGGACAAGAGAACCGAAAGGCAGAUAUACUUGGGCUAGAAUCUAGUCUGAGUAAUGAAGCAGCAGAGCUUUUGUUAGACGAAGAUGCACAGGUUGGAUUCACUGAAUCGCAGCUGGCGGUAUUGGAAUCAAAUGAGGCUGUGAUUGACCAACGAGAACGAGAAGUGAACCAGAUUGCAAAGUCAAUCCAUCAAUUGGCCGAAAUAUUUAGAGAUUUACAGACACUUGUGAUCGAUCAAGGUUCGAUGCUAGAUCGUAUCGACUACAACAUAGAACAAACGACAGUUCAGGUCAAAGAAGCCGUGGUACAGCUGGACCAGGGAUCGCGUUAUCAAAACAAAACACGGAAACGAAAGCUGAUCCUUUUGUUGAUCCUAAUUAUUAUGUUAUUGAUUAUGAUUCUAAUAGUAAAGCCUAAAUAAAUUAGGCUUAAUUUAAUAACUACUUUAUCUAUACAUCCUGUGUAUCUAUUACACUAAUAUAUACAGAAAAUAUUAUAACAAGUGAUGUACUCCAUGGCUGGUUAAUAAUAGCAUCUGGCAUUGACCUGGUCUCAAUGAGACACUAUAAGUAUCGUUGAAGACGCCAAGCAUUUCUCCUGUCCAGAUGUCUUUAAUACUUGCAGACUCCAAUCCAAUAUCUGAAAGUUUAAAUUUGACUUCAUGGCUAAGCCCUAGCAUAAUCUUGUAGACAUGUGUAUUAAAUAGGCCAACACAAAUGCUAUUGUCUGGCAUACGCUUCCACCAGACCUGUUUACGAUUCUGCCAAGCAUUCCCAGACCGGAUGGGCUGAGCCAUGAUCCCUGAUUGGUGAAUGCAAAUUAUAACAGGAUGGUUGAGCAUACGGAGAUACUUUUCUGGAAUACAACGAGGAUCAGCCCCAAUACAGAACACAGAACUAACGAGCGCCCAAAAGGAGAUAUAAGAAAGUCGAACAUCGUCAUUAUCCAGACCAUCUACGCAUACUCCAUCCACUGUCAUCCCUACGACAACGACAU